AUGGCGCGACACCCUGCGAUCUGCUUCACGGAUGAAGAUCUCGGAGGAAUAAAUCCUCACCCUGAUGACCCCAUGGUAAUUUCGGUUGUCGCUAUGAACUUUUUCGUAAAAAAGGUUUUGGUGGACCAGGGCAGUUCAGCCGACCUGUUAUAUCUAUCUACCUUGAGACGAAUGGACAUUCUGGAACGAAAGUUGAGACCCUUCAAUGAAAGCUUGAUCACCUUCUCAGGAGAACAAGUGGAGGUUAUGGGUUACAUAGAUCUGCCAACCUCAUUUAUGAUGACCCCGUUAGUUAGGACCAUCACUAUCCAGUUCCUAGUGGUGGAUUGUCGGGCGCUGUACAACGCGCUUUUGGGCCGACCAUCUCUUAACGCUUUGGGCGCAGUAGUAUCCACAUUCCACUUAUCCAUAAAGUUCCCGGUAUCUAACACCGAGGUUGGGGUCAUCCGCUCUGACCAAAAGGAAGCCCAACAAUGUUACCACAAAAGCCUCGGAACCCGAAAUCCCGAGCCUGCCAAGGACGAAAGAAAGACCGAUGCCUUGGGCAGCAGCCAGGGAACAGACAUCGACAGCCAGCAUCCGCGGCACCAUUUGCACAUGGUCGAGCUAGACCCUCAGAUCGAGUUUUUAGAUAGACGACCCCAACCUAUAGAGGAGCUCCACCCUGUGAGCCUAGGUCCUCGCCCUGAACAAGUCGUCCGUAUAAGUUUUACGUUGCCAAAUGAACUGAAGGAGCAGCUCAUCGGCCUACUUUGA